AUGGCUCACAGUGUGGGGUUUAAUUUUACACCUGCAAUAUGGAAAUUAAGUGCUUAUACACCAUUACAGAGCUUUGAACAGGCUAUGGUGGAAUAUUUUGAGACUAAAACUUCCAUGCUCAGUGUGGCCAUACGUUUGGAGUAUUCCAGGGCAUGGAGGUUUGUCAUAAAAGAAUAUCUGGCAAAAGCACUACGUGGCAAGACAACUAUGAAAGUUGAAGUGUUUAGUGAUGGAGUUGAAAGAAAACAUCGCAUGUUCAAUUAUAAUCUAUGGUAUGUGGAUUCGUACAAGGCCUUUCGCUCUCUUCUACCUGUUGUCGAUAGAAAUUUUGUGGAGAAAAUGGGUCAAUAUAUGGUGGUGCUGAAAACUCCUAAACACUUGAAUGCCACCGAAGAAUUGACUCGGAUAAUUCGUGAGGCAUAUGAGCGUAACAUUGUGGAUAUUGUGGUGGCGUAUCUUGACAUCAAAUAUAAAUUCAAUCUCUACCAUUAUGGUCUAUUUCAGCCGCAACAAUGUCGUAAAGUAUUAUUGGCUAAUUUUAAUUCAUUUAAAGAUGGCCUAUUAAAGUCGGAGACGUUAUUUCCCAUAAAGUUUCGCAAUUUCCACAAAUGUCCCAUUGGGUUUUAUAUGCGCUCGGCCAGACCCUACUUUAGUUACAACUUGACCAGUGAUGGCCAACAAAUUGAUUAUUUUUGGGGUUUGGAGGCCAAAAUAGCCCAAACCAUGGCAACAAGCUUAAAUUUUGAACUAUCACUGCAGCAAUCUCAACGCCAGCUAUGGUCAGGCAAUGUCUAUGCGAAUGGCACCUCGACGGGGCCCUUUAAAUCCAUGGCCGAGAAAAAGUUUGACAUUCUAAUGGGCUACUAUCAUUUCCCGGUACGAUCUCAAUAUUUUGCUGCCAGCAACAGCUAUUUUAUCACCUCUACGGUGGUGGUUAUACGAAAACGCAAAAACGUUCAGCUUGAGGGUCAAUGGCUAUUGGCUCCUUUCCAAACAAGCGUCUGGCUAGUCAUUGUGCUAAUGUUGUUAUUCGGCUUAGCGUUGACCACAGCAGCGAGACUCGUUUUAGGAAGUUCUUUAGCCCUAAAUCUGACCUGGCUGGAUAUUUUUGGCUUGUCCCUGGGAAGUUCUCGCAUUUUAAGCUAUAAUUUAAUCAGCACAAAUUUGUUUCAAAUGUUAUGGAUCCUAGGCUUUUUGGUUAUAUGUGCCACAUUUCAGGGCAAACUGUACGAGGCCUUCAACAGAAAAUCCACAUCCUCUCCGCUCACUGUGCAACAACUGAUAGACCUUAACUACAUGUUUCUGGUUAAGAGUAUAUAUAGCCAAGACCUGCUGGAUGCCUUGAAAAUCCCCUCUCAACAAAUCAUCGUUAAUGAUUUUGCCCAUAAUGAUGAUGCCUUCGAGCUUAUGAUGAAUGAAUCUCGUCCCUUGGCUGUAUUGACCAAUAAUUGGCAAUUCUUUACCUAUGUGGCCACGCACCGCUUGUAUGGCAAAUUUGAUAUGGUUCCCCGCAUUGUGGUUGUAAAUCAAGUUUGUGCCUAUCUACGUCCUCAGUCAUACCUAAUCGAGCCCACGAAUCGAGUCAUAAAUGCCCUACAUUCUGGAGGUAUUAUAGGAAAGUGGAUAAAAGAUAUUGCUGGUACGCUGGGCACACCUCUUGAGCUGGAGGCAGGAUUGAAGCGUUUGACUAAAGCCCUACCAAAAGCCAUAUCCUUUCGACAGCAAAGGAUUGUAUUUUUAUCGCUGGCAAUGCUACAUGCAGUCUCCUUUAUAGUAUUUUUGAUGGAGAUUUUGGUGGAGAAAAUUUCAGCACAUCGUCAUCGCAGAGCAGCUUAUAGUAAUAGAAUGAUACGUGUUAAGCUUUCUGAUAUUAAAAGAUAUAGAAAAUAA